GACACCGCUACAACAAAACGGCAUAUUGCCUCUUUAAAGAAGAGACUCUAAAGGCCACACCCUGCUCUGGAUUCUGCUGGUUUUUGCACUCUUAUCAUUAGACUAAUUUAUGUGGGGCAGGGAUUUUGGCCCUGUAGGCACCACUGUAAUACAAAUAAUAUGUUGCCCAGUACCAGGUGCUUUUAGAGGGCUAGAUAUAGUAAAUUGUAUUUAUGAUUGUGACAACCAGUUAUUUGAACAUUUCUGAAAUAGUUUUCUUCACAAAUAACUGCCUGAAACCAAAUCUCAAUCUCCUGGCUAAACAAAUGCAUGAAAAGUCCCUAGACAUUCAAGUCUCACCUAUCCUUUGAGGAAAGAUCAGCUGAGAAUGACCAACUUCCUUUUAAAUCUUUGUUUCCUUUUAGCUUAAUGGUCUUAGUCAUAUACCUUGUGCACUGUGUAGUCUGUUGUGGUAUGUGGGUCAGUGUCAGUGGGACUACAUAACAUAAGUCUCAGCAAUUUGCCUUCCCUGUCUGUCCCAAGCGAUUCCUUAUAUAAUGUUAACUUAGUCUAAUUCAAAUAAAUAUUGUGUUGCUUCAUUACCUUAAUAGUUGUAGUUGCAACUGGGGCUGGUCCUGUGAAUCUUUUGUAAAGAUGACCUCUGAGAUGAUCUUUAGAUGAAAGCUAGUACAUACAGAGUGCAUAUGUUAGUAAGUGUCUUCUUUCGAAGUCGGCAUUCAUGUUUUGUUCCGGUCAAGUUUGUCCUGCAAUAGAUGCUUUCUAAAUGGUGGAGAACCAUAAAAGAGGGUUGGACUAGAUGACCUCUUGAGGUCCCUUCCAACUCUGAUAUUCUAUGAUUCUAUGAAAAGGCAUCGGGUCAACAAUUUUUUUUGCAAAUCACAGAUUUAAAGGUGCAUUUUCAUAUUUCUUUUGUAGAUCUCAGCUUGGACUUUUUUCUCUUUGAUUUGUUUUCCUUUAAUGAAAUUGCGUUCAGUUUCUGAUGAAGAACAGCCAGGGGUGUAUGUGCCAGGAAUUUCUGCCGAAGGAAAUUUAAGAACAAGACAUGUGGUAAAGGGUCGAAAAAGCGAAGCUAAGCUGAAGGUCCCUGGAGCUGCUCCUUCUGUUUCCAUGGAUCCAUUUAAAAGCACAGGAGACCCAACAGGGCAGCAGGUCACUAAUGAAGGCGGAGUGAAGAGUGCUUCUUUAAAGGAUUUAUGUCCCGAGGACAAGAGACGCAUUGCCAACUUAAUUAAAGAACUUGCCAGGGUAAGUGAGGAAAAGGAAGAGACAGAGGAGCGACUGAGAGCAGAACAGGAGUCAUUUGAGAAGAAGAUCAGACAACUAGAGGAGCAGAAUGAACUUAUCAUCAAGGAAAGGGAAGCUCUUCAGCAGCAGUACAGAGAAUGCCAGGAACUCCUGAGCCUAUAUCAGAAGUAUCUAUCUGAACAGCAAGAAAAGCUGACUGUCUCUCUCUCCGAGCUUGGGGCUGCCAAGCUGAAGGAGCAGCAGGUGGCCAACAAGAAGAGUCCGUGCCAGCUACCACCUUUGGAACUGGAUGGUUCUUAUUUAAGUAUAGUUAGACCACAAACGUUAUACAAGAACAAUAAAGCAUCACAGUCGGGAAGUCCAGCCCUGUUUUCAGUACCUCCGCACUGUAGAAAUAAUCAUGCUCAUGAGACCACAGCCCACUACAACCAACAGGAGGUUCUGAAUGAAUGUCCAGUGGAAAAUGGCUUGCACAGAAAAUGUAACAAUAUGAUGCUGUCAGCAAAGGAAAGGGGCCCAUACCACACACAAAUGGCUCCUGAUGUGGGCCAGAGAAUGAGUGAAUUUCAGAACACUUGUCCUCACCAAAUGAGUCAUUGGGCUUGUAUGCAGCCAGGAAGGUUGGAGAACAUUCAGGAUAGCCAAAAGGUCAGCCAUGUACCCAAAAGACAUUCUGGGCCGCUUCAUGAAACCUGUGAUUACUCUAGGCUUUCUCGAGUUUCUGGGAUGAAUGACAGUGUGGACUCUGGAGCAAAAGAAACAGAGCGUAGUAAAAGGCUGUCUGAGGAAAGAAGACAGCAGCUUCUGCUGCAGAAAAUGGAGCUGGAAGUUGAAAAGGAACGUCUCCAGCAGUUGCUUGCUAAACAGGAAGCAAAACUACUUCUGAAGCAGCAACAGCUACACCAAUCCAGGCUGGAUUACAAUAGAUUUAAGGGCAACGUUUUUGAUUCAGAAGUGGUCACUGAUGAAGCACCAGGCGGGCCAGGAGGACCAACCCUUAUGACGAAUGGCACUGGCAUGGGGCUAAGCUUUCCAGUGUCUAAGUAUGAAGAUUGCCUUCCCAAAACACCGGCACUAGGCAAAGCGUCCAAAACACCAGGGAGCAGUGGCGGGAGCAGUUUGGGAAGGAGAACAGUUGGCUUUAGUGCAAACGUGGAAGAAGGAGCCAUGUGGAUGCAUGGAAAGAAGGAAACCAGCAGGUCUAGAAGAGGGACAGCGUCAGGAUCUAGAAAGGAUGCAGCUACAUCUCCUGUACUGACAGGCAGCAGAAAAGAGCUUGUAACCACAGCCACAUCACCAAUCCAGCAUGACACAUCACGGUAUGAGGCCUCCCUUAUUGAGUUGGUUGAAGCAAUGAGUCCAGUCACUGCCCCAGGACACCGCUCCGGAGAGGCUUACGACUGGAAGAAAUCCCACACCCCUCGGAAUGGGAGCCCCAGAAAACCUGCAUGGUGCCAAGGCCCGCAUGGUACCCGAAGCGAAAUGGAGGAGCUCGAGGAGAGCCGGAUCCUGGAGGAUAUUUUCUUCAUUUGAUGAGGCUCACUACUCUGCAGCCCUUCUGUAGGAUUUUUAGGACCUUGUUCCUGUUUCUGCUCUGGGAUUUGUUAAUCCCAGUAUCACUUUUAAAUUAUUUGAUUGACAAAUGAUUGUCUCCCUCCUCGCCAAGGAGUUCGUACAGUAGCUUCCUCUUUCACUUAGAAUUUAGUAAUCAUGCUGCGAGAAUAACAUUUUUUUUUUCUUUUUGAACAGUCCAAUCAGAAGGUGUUAGUAAAUUUUGGGUAAACUUUUCUUGUGCCAAGCAAUUAUUCUAAAAUAUAAUUAAAUCCACAACAUUUUGGAGUCGAUUGAAGCCAUAGCUUAGCCAGCCCUCAUAUGAGAAGUAUAUUUCAUUAUCGAUUUUUUUAGCUAUAAAGCAGUUUGCAAGAGCUGCAGAACACAGAAGAACCACUGCAUUUCAAUUAGAUUAUUUCUAAUUAAAAAGCAGCCUGUUUAAAACCUAACAAUGUUACAAAGGUACAAGCACUUGAAUAUUAUUUCCAAUGAUUCUGUGAUCUACCAUUGCCUUCAGCAUUCUGAUAUUUACCGUGCUGAGAUUUUAGGGGGCAUAUACUCAGCUCAGCUGUAUAAUGUCUAAUAACAUUAAUGGAUGUUGCAGGGUUAAUGCACUGUGCAUCUGUUUGAAAAUAGUCUUCCUUAAAUCAGUGCUAUUUGACAUAGUGUAUAUGCUGGGAACCCUAUUGCCAACUCCUUAAAUAUCUCAUACAACCAGGCAAUGUACAGGUCCAAACUGUAUUUGAUGUGCUCUUCAAAAUGAGAUAUAUAGUAGUUAUAGAGUAAGAACAGUCUUAAGGCAUUUUCACUAACUUGCACUAUUUUGAUACCGUUUCCAGGUUCCAUUGUAAAUAAGACAAAUCCGUAAUUAUUUCUACUAGCAGCUCGUAAUGCACGUUUCCCUGCCGGCUUUAAUUAUUAAUGCUCUAUCUAUUUCAGUUUAUUUAAACGCACUCCCAUCUACUUCAUGCACUUGGUUAUUUAAAGAAAUGUGCAGAAUUGGUAAAAAUGACUGCAGAUUACAGGAUGAAUGGACAUUUUCUGCACAAUGCAGUGUUCAUAUUUUAUUGGAACAUUGUAGCCACUGGCAUGUGUUCCUAGAAAGAUGAAGCUGAAAUAUUCCUUUCACACAAUAAAAGUGCAGCUAGAGAAAGUCAGAAUCACAACGGUAUAGACACGUUCUAGGUUAUUUGUUUCCAACCUCUGGUAUAUGGACCAGUACUGCUUUUUCAGUCUUUUGUGACUGGUCUUCCAGGCUCCUGCUCCAUACCUCCAUGGUGGCGAGCCCCUGGACUUGUCCCUGAUGCACUGCUGUUGUCUGCCUCCCAUGCACUUGUGCAUGCACCAAUCCCCAGUGCCACCCUGUCCCUCAGUGGAGCUGGCAAGACUUGGCGAUGAGACCCAAGCUGUUCUCUGGCUGGCACAUGCACACCGUACAGUGUGUGGAACAUGUAUUCAUUGAGACCAAGAUGUGAGGAGUUGAAACCUUAUAACUGAUCAUUUUUCAAGGCAUUUCUGGGAAUUAUGGGGUGGGCAUCCUUUCCCUUGAGGAGCCCCACCUGUUAAGCUACCUAGGCUGGGUGGCAGCGGAUUAGCUUUUGCAGCGUCGUGGGGCAGAUGGAAUUUUGUGAAGGCCAACAGCAGCACAGGGCCCCUAUAGUGAGGAACUAAAAAGGGGGAUGGGGAGGGAAAUACCACGGCCUACAUUAUUCCAGACAAUUUUUUCUGAUCUAAUGUUAUGUACAAAGUAGCUGAUGUCCUUUUCUUGCAUCACAGCUGAAUUUUAAAAGCUUUUUGGAAAAGUACAAGAACAGGAGAUAGAAGUAGUUUUCCUGCACCAGUGAGCCUGGUGAGAAACUGUCCCCAUAGACAUUUGUUUCUCUCCAGCCAUUCCUAUGGAGAUUUACGGUCUCUAUCGGUAUCCUGCCAUUACAUGUAUCUGCUCCUUAAUCCACUGGGGACAAGCUUUGUCCAGAGAAUUCUGUCCUAAGGUCCCACAGACCUGGCAAGUGACCCAUCACUGGACUGUCUGGGGGAGUCUUUCUCGAGCGUCCUUCAUGUUUCUGCUCCUUGGGCACAGGGGAUCAAGUUUAACAUAGUUCGCUUUGGCCUUAGAAAGAAAGGGAAACAUUCAGGAGAGGCAGCUGGUAUUUGGGGGAAACAAGGAGGGAAUAGACAAUAGGACAUGGGUUUGGAUUUUUUUUAAAGAUUUGGCUUUUGUAAAAGAAAUGCUUCUCUGGGUCUAGACCAAAUGCGAGCCUUCAGUUUCUGUCUGGGUCUAGACCGAACACCUUCAAUUUCUGUUCUUCUCCAGAUUGACUGUAACUGUAAUUGCCUUUUUUAACAAACACUAACAGCAAACAUGACAUUUGAAAGGUGCCUCGGCGUACACAUUCCGGAAUUCUGCAAUGAGCAUGGUGCUCUCUAGAGCUUCAUGGGUGCCAAUAUUUAACCACGCUCAGAUUUUUAAUUAUCCUUUUUGUCCGUUAAUUAUUUUAACUCUGAUGGUGUUUUUGUCUUGAAUCUGUAUUUUGGUAAUAAUGGUAUUUUAAAUGGACAUUGCCAAGGUUUGGGGCCUCAAACAUGACCACCUCUUCAUCCGUAGGAGCUAUACAUGAAGCAUGUUUUAGCAAAGAAUUCUGGAAUGAAGAGGUUUAAAAUUAUCUUGUUGGGAAAGACCUCCAGUAAACAUGAACCCGGAGAGGCUACUAAUUUGGUAGAUCCUAAAGAAACAGACCGUCUUCAGUUGGCCCUAUUGCUGUAGUUAGCAGCAGCAGACUAAGAAUAGGGUUAGCAGUCAAUGUAAGCAAAUAUAUUUUGCCACAAGGCACUACAAAGUUAAAGUUAUUAAAACAUUUAUAGCCUUGGAAGAAAAUCAAUUGUUGUCAAAUAGAAAAGGACAAAAUCAGUAGUUGGGGUGGGGAGGGGAAUUAUUUUCCAUCUGCUAAAACAAUAGAGGAAAUGCAAAAAUUAAACUAGCAAAAGCAAUCGCACGACAGUGUCCUUUUAAGUUUAAACUCCUAUAUUAGCCCCCUCUCGGGAGAUACUCCAGCCCUAGAUUUUGUCCAGAGUCUCCCAGAUAACACGCUUCAGCAUCACAUAAGGCGGUGUCUUACAGGAAGCUUGUGGGGUAACACAUCUCCUACUAAGAUUACUCUCCAUGCCUUGACUUUGUGUUUCUACCUGAAUGACUUGUAUUGCCAACACCUGCUGUGUUUGUGUGGUCAUCUCUCUUGCACACUCUGUAAGCAGAGGAUCUGUAAACAAUCACGCUUUCAUUCUACUUCCUAGCCUCUCUGGUUCUACUUGGUGAAUCCUGUCUUAAACCCAAGCAUAUAUUUAUAUAUGUGUGUGAGGUUUUAAUUUAAUAAAUUAUCUGCCUUUUUUUUUUUCAUUUAAUCUUUCAGAGCUUCAUUUAUUGCAUUAUCUUUUCCUUUGUUUUGUCCAGCAUGGGUCAGGACUCUCCAUUGUUAGAUAUUUUGGUAACCUUCAACACCAUUGAUGAUGAGGUGCUGCCCACUUAUCUGUGGGCCCUAACAGCGUGGGCAAGUCCAGUAGGGAAGCUUUGUUCAUUUUUUCUUUCAGAGAUCCCAGAAAAGGACAAAGUGCCCCACAGUUCUUCCCCAAGAGCACUUGUUUUUGUAUUGUCCCACAGGGACCAAUCUUAUCACCCUCUUCAACGUGUUUGUGACAUCAUUGGGGGAGACGGUGGGAGGCUAUGGACUGAAAUGUCGGCAGUAUGCUGAUGACACCUAGCUCUGUCUCUACUCAGCAAGCCCUGAUGCCAUUGCUGUCCUAGUACGUAGUGAGGUUAGGUACCUGUAAAAUAGCUGGUUUAGGCUUACCCAAGCAUAACAGCCUAUGUCAUGGGAUUGAAUUUGGGACCUUCAUCUCCAAACGCACAGGCCUCUGGCAUUAGAGCUAAAGAAUAACUCCAUUAGCUGAUAGUAGCAUAAGUUUUAUCUGACAUGUGGGCCAGCCAUUAAAGGCGGGACACAACAUGCUUAGCCAGUGUGUUACACCAAGGAAGGUGGAGGUGAUGCUUAUUGGCAGAAGGCAGUGAAAAUGCCCUCAAUCAAAGAGCUUUGUUCAUGGGUUGUCAGUUGUCAUUCGAUCUCUGGGUCCUGCUGGGCUCAUCUCUGCUUCUACAUUCCCAGAAAGGACCAGUGGCCUGAAAUGUCUUCAGCUGGCCUACCAGUUGCAUCCUGUCCUCUGUGAUGCAAAGGCAGUCCAUGCCUUUGUCACUUCAUGGAAAGAAGGCUGUAUGCUCUACCUUGGGCUGCCCAGGAAGCGUAGCUAUUGCAGAAAUUGUUGGUCAGCCUUCUAAGUAGGAAGGACUCAGGAGAGCACAUCAUACCGAAUACUCUGACCUACAAUCGAAUUCCCUAUCCACUUACAAGACAACCUCCAACUGUUGGUCAGUAUUUACACAACCCUAAAUGGUAUAUGAUUUAGCUAUUUUGGUGAGACCUUGUCCCUUAUAAUGUACUAACUUCUGAGGACACUGCUUUACAGUCCUCAGGAAUGAACGCAAGGUGUUUGUUGGUUGUGUUUUCAGUAGAUAGCUCUUAGCUAUGGAGGUCACUCCCUGAUCUGUUAGAGCCUGAUCCUUGCAGGUUGCAAUGCAAGGCUGUGUAGGCUUUUUUCUGACUCUGUUGGAUCCCCUCUAGCAAGUGGCUCCUGGCUGGCUGUCCCUCUGCCCCAUCCCACAUCCUAGUAAGGGCUAGCAUUCCCCCAAGACAGUGAUAUCCGAUGCGAGGAGAGUAUUGACCUAAAUUUGGGGAGACUAUUAAAUAAGCUAUGAAAAUGCACCAAGAUAAUAGUGCUGGGAGCUUUCAGAAAUACAUCUGGGAGUAGAUAAUUCCCAUAGCAUCCUGACAGGCUUGACAAGCGAAGCACACACAGCAGCACUGAACUACAACCACUUCUGGGGUGUAAUCAGCAACUCCGCAAUAAUUGGCUCUGUACAACGGUGACAGGAGGGGAAAUGUUGGUUAUGAAUACCAAGGCAAUCGCGUGAUCUUGUGGAAAGCGCCAUGAAGUUUUUAAUAUCUACAUAGAUGAGAUACUUUUUAAGGUCUUAUCCUGAAGAAGUCUCACAUGGUUUAAUGGACCUCUGUGUGUCUUCUUCAGAAGGAGGAGUGGCAAAGCUGUAUCUCCCAUCUUUUGAAUCCAUGGCUCUGGUGGGGAUCUAGGUAUUUCAAACCUAAUACUUGUACAGCAAAGCCAUCCCUUCUGGUGAGAUCAUGGGCCAUAAGUAGGCAUUUCUUUUGAUUGAGAUAACAGAAACCAAGUAUACUGCCAUAUUCUUUCUCCUCUAUUCAACAGCGUCCAACUAAUUAUUAUUAAUUUGUAUCACCAUAGUGCCUAGGAGUGCCAGUCCAGGUGCUGUACAAAAACAGAACAACAGAACAGAUGCUGUCCCAGAGAGCUCACAAUCUAUGUAUAGAACAAGAGGAGACAAAUGGAUACAGACGACCAAUGAAGGAGUGCAAGGGAACAAUGAGACAAUAUUGGUCUCCAUGACAGGCAGUGGUCUCAGCACAUCAACAGCCUAACCAUUGUCAAGUUUUCUGUGGGCAUCAUGGAAAAGAAGAGUUUAGAGGAGGGCUUUGAAGAAGGAUGAUUUAAUUUUACAGAGAUUUACGGGGUGCUCCUCCCAAGCAUGAGGAGCUGCAGGAGAGAAAACACACAGAAAGGGAGGUAUGACUACAGUUAAUAGAAGGGCAUGAAUAUCAAGGAAGAGG